AUGGUCGCCGACGCAGUAAUCUACCACCCCACGGUGUCGCACUACCUAAAAUUCGUCGCGACAACCACCGGCCGCGACAAGCUCCUGCGCACGGUGCAAUACUUCGCACGCUUCUACGCGUGGUACCUGUACCGCACGAACGGGACGCGGGGGGAGAUCGCGCCGUACGAGGCGCUCAAGAAGCAGCUGGGGCUAGCGCGCAAGCUGCUGCGCGUCGGCAAGAACGUCGAGCACUUCCGGGCCGCGGCCGUAGCGGCCGACGCGAUAAAAGCCGGAGGGGCCCAGGCCGGAGACCCGGUCCUGCGGUACGCGGCGGUGGGCCGACAGCUGGGCUACGCGGGCUAUCUGACGUUCGACGCGGCGACGGUGCUCGACGCGCUGGGCGCGCGCAAGUGGGCGGGCGCGAAGAGGGCCCAGAAGGAGGCGUAUCGGUUCUGGGCUAUUGGCCUCUUGUGCAGCGUUGUUGCGCAGACGUAUACCCUGUAUAAGCUGCGGGAGCGCGAGGCUAGGGUCGAUAAGAAGGAGGGCGAGGGGGUGGUGGAGAGCAAGAGGAUUGCUAUCGAACGCGAUGCUAGCCGCAUCCAGCUCAUUUCGGACUUGUGCGAUCUUACGGCGCCGACGGCGGCGCUGGGCUGGGUCGGGUUUGAUGAUGGGUUUGUUGGUCUGGCGGGUACGGUGAGUAGUUUGAUUGGCGUCUAUGCGCAGUGGAAGAAGACGGCGUAG